GUGCCAGACUUCAGCUAUCCUGCGCUCAGCUGGUCUGUCGCACCCGCUCAUCACGCCCAAACCAGCUCCUGGACAACCAACCGAUUGACCGCCUAAUUACUACACGCAAUCAUGUCUUCGUCCUCAUCCCUCGAAGCUCGCAAGCAGGAGAUUCUAGCCAAGCGCGCAAAACUCGCCGAGCUUAAGAGACAGCGUGCUCAGCGACAAAAGGAGUUUACAUCAACGCGACAGAGUGGAGAUGCAGCAGAGCUCAUCUCUCCCUCUCCCUCGCGUGCUAACAGCCGCGCAGACCUGGACCAGCUCAUCUCUACUCUUGUCGACCGCCCUGGACGCUCCACUCCUCGCGACCAGGACUCGCCGACUACCUCUGCACACCUCGGUGUAAGCCGUCCCAAUUCCAUCUCGCUUGACAGUCCCUCUGCCGCUUCAACUCCUGCUCCUCUUUCGGUGCCCAACCAAACUCUCUCCUUCACCGCCGUCUCCACUGUCCUCAACCAGCCCUCAGAUCCCAAGCCAGAUGUCAUCACCUACAGCAAGGGCGUACAGACUACUGAGCCCUGGUCACCAACGCAUAAUCGCCAACCUUCCGACGAUGAGUCGAGUUACUCGCCUACAAGAACGAGGAAGCGAUUGAGCAGACGAGAACGUGAAAGAGAUGAAGAGCUGAGGCAGAACAUUCGUAAAGAGAUCGAGGACGAGUUGCAAGCCUUGAAAGUGUCCGAGGACGCUGCCAUCACCAACGGCAAGCAGAACUUCCCUGCGCGUACCCUGACCCAUGAGGAACUGGGUGCAGUGACUGCUUCAGACGACUUUCUGGACUUUAUCGAUCGUUCAACAAAGGUCAUCGAAAGAGCGCUGGACGAGGAAUAUGAUGUGCUUGCAGAUUAUGCUAUGCGUGGUGCCAAUGGCUUGGAUGACGAUGAAGAGGGCGGACAGACUCGUACUACAAGAGGCCGUCGUGUGCGCGAAUUGAUGCAGUUCCAAGACGAUCGCUGGACGAAACGCCGCAUGAUCAGUGACCUCGACUAUUCCGUCAAGUACCCAGAACUCUUGCUAGCCUCCUACACCAAAGCUUCAAACUCUUCGCAAAGUGCCCCUGGCUUGGCUUUGGUCUGGAAUGCACAUAUGCCCUCGCAGCCCGAGUAUGUCUUCACUGCGACGAGUGACAUCCUGACUGCUCGCUUCUCUCCCUACCAUCCGAGUCUUGUACUAGGUGGAACAUACUCUGGACAAGUCUGUCUAUGGGACAUUCGCCAACGUUCUCAUGACGGUGCACCGGUACAACGUACCCCCCUGGCUGGCGAGAAGGGUGGUCACGCCCAUCCUAUCUACAGUGUCGCUGUGGUUGGCACCCAAAAUGCCAGCAGUAUUGUCAGUGUCAGCACCGAUGGUACCACAUGUGCUUGGUCAUUUGACAUGCUAUCAAAGCCUCAGGAAUACCUUGAGUUGACUUCACCGCCGGGCCGAAAUCGUACUGAAGAUAUUGCGCCUUCGUGCAUCAGUUUCCCCAAGGCCGAUCCCACGUAUUUCCUGGCUGGUACUGAGGAGGGUGCCAUUGUACCAGUCCACAGAUAUGACCGUGCUGGCGCAAAGGCCGGCGUCGACCCGCGUGUGUACUACACCGGCCACGCUGCGCCUGUCACUGGACUGGACUUCCAUCCGAGUAAAGGAAAGGUCGAUCUCGGUGAUCUGGCUAUCAGCUCUUCUCUGGAUUGGAGUGUCAAGAUCUGGCGUGUCAAGCCUCCAAGCACAGCCGUCACCACUGCUGGAGUCGGUGUAGCUUCUGGAGCUCCCGAAAAGCCUUUACUUGAAAUCAUGCGCGAGGACGUCAUUUACGAUGUCAAGUGGUCGCCCACGAAACCUGGUGUCUUUGGUUGCGUUGAUGGUGCAGGCAGAUUGGAGGUCUUUGAUAUCAACGUUGAUGUUGAGGUGCCUGUUGCACGUGCUCAGCCAAGUCAUACCCAAGGUGACGUGUUCGGUGUCAAGAGCUUGAAUCGACUUGCUUGGGAACACAAUGAAGGCAAGAGGGUUGCUGUAGGUGGUCUCGACGGCAUUGCGACCGUCUUUGAAGUUGGUAAUGAUCUUGGUGGGCUGGAAAGCAAUAACAAGGGUGAAGACUGGUAUGGAGUCAAGAGACUCAUCUCGAGACUCGACAGGUCACGAGAAGGAACCGACGGUCAGUAGUCUUGUGCGACCUCUCGUAUUCCGGCAUGCACAGAACCUGUCAACGUUAGGUACUUGUCUUCUGCCAAUAUGAGCAACCUGACAGGCUGGAUAGCCGAGCUUGGCUGCGUCUAUCCUCCUCUUUGCAAUCUCCGCAUCCCAUCGACCCCUGCCUGCAGCCUCUCCCGUCCGUGACACAACUUUAGUUGAAAGUAUGAAACUGUACGACUUGCUUCUUUGGAGUAGGCGUCUUUUGUUCGCAGUGUCAAUCUUCCGCCUUCCUCAAGCCAUGGCGCAGGUCAAAUUCUUCCUUGCUCUGAUGCAGCAAUUAUUUUUCGAGAUCGCGUGAUU